UAAUAUAUAUUUAAAUUAUGAGCUUGUUUUUAUUCACAAACUUAAUUGUGAGACUGAGGUUCCGGUGCCUUCGAGGCGGAACCUUUCUCCUGUGUUUCUGUGUGACGUAGGAGCAGACCCGUCAUGGCGGAGGUCGCUGCUGCAGCCGCCGGAGCUGCUCCCGGUGUGAACACGGCGGGGAACCCGACGGACGAGGCCAUGGCGUACCUGCAGGACGAGAACACUGAUGGAGACAUCACCAACCUGAACCUGGGAGAACUGGACCUCACCACGGAUGAGUUCAUCCUGGAUGAAGUGGACAUUCACAUCCAGGCCAAUCUGGAGGAUGACCUCGUGAAGGAGGCGCUCAAAACGGGUGUUGACCUCCGUCAGUACUCCAAACAGGUGGAGUCAGAGCUGCAGAGGAUCGAACAGGCCUCCAUCAAAGACUACAUCAAGGAGAGUCAGAACAUCGCUCUCCUUCACAACCAGAUCACCGCCUGUGACUCCAUACUGGAGCGUAUGGAGGGCAUGCUGAGCGGCUUCCAGAGCGACCUGUCCUCCAUCAGCAGUGAGAUCCAGACUCUGCAGCAGCAGUCGGUCAGCAUGAACGUCCGGCUGAAGAACAGGCAGGCGGUACGCAGUCACCUCAGCCAGCUGGUGGACGAGCUGGUGGUCCCCGGGGCCAUGAUCUCCACCAUCCUGGACAGUCCGGUGACGGAGCAGGAGUUCCUGGAGCAGCUCCACGAGCUCAACAACAAGAUCAACUUCGCCAAAGAGCUGAGCUUCAGAGAGACGCUGGCCUGCUCCGACAUCCAGGACAUCGUGGACCGCCUCAAGCUAAAGGCGGUGUCAAAGAUCAGAGAGUUCAUUCUUCAGAAGAUUUACUCCUUCAGGAAGCCGAUGACAAACUACCAGAUCCCUCAGAACACUCUGCUGAAGUACAGGUUCUUCUAUCAGUUCCUUCUGGCCAACGAGAGAACGGUGGCCAAGGAGAUCAGAGACGAGUACGUGGACACCAUGAGCAAAAUCUACUUCAGCUACUUCAAGUCGUACAGCGGCAGGCUGCUCAAAGUGCAGUACGAGGAGGUCGCAGACAAAGAUGACCUGAUGGGAGUAGAAGACACCGCCAAGAAAGGUUUCUUCUCCAAACCGUCUCUGAAGAGCAGGAACACCAUCUUCACGGUGGGCCAGAGGGGCUCCAUCCUGAGUCCUGCUGAGCUGGAGGGGCCCAUCCUGGUUCCUCAUACGGCUCAGAGGGGAGACAGCAGGUAUCCCUACGAGACGCUGUUCCGCAGCCAGCACUACGCUCUGCUGGACAACGGCUGCAGGGAGUUCCUCUUCCUGUCCGACUUCUUCAUGGUGACGGGAAACUCCGCCCUCGACCUCUUCAACAGCAUCAUGGGAAAAACUCUCAGCAUGUUCCUGAAGAGUAUGUCCACCUACGUGUCCGACUGCUACGACAGCAUCGCCAUCUUCCUCUGCAUCCACAUCAUCCUCCGGUUCAGAGCCAUCACCGCCAAGAGGAACAUCCCGGCUCUCGACAAGUACUGGGAGGCGGUGCUGGAGCUGCUGUGGCCGAGGUUUGAGCUCAUUCUGGAGAUGAACAUCAACAGCAUCCGAAACACAGACCCUCAGAAACUGGGAGUACUGGACACCAGACCACACUACAUCACCCGUCGAUACGCAGAGUUCUCGUCGGCCAUCGUCAGCAUCAACCAGACGUUUCCCAACGAGAGGACCAACACUCUGCUGGGACAGCUGCUGGCCGAGGUGGAAAACUUUGUUCUGAAGAUGGCGGCCGAGUUUCCCUCCAGAAGAGACCAGCUCAUCUUCCUCAUGAACAACUACGACAUGAUGCUCAGCGUGCUCAUGGAGAGGGCAGCAGACGACAGUAAAGAGGUCGAGGGCUUCCAGCAGCUGCUCCUGGCCAGGACGCAGGAGUUCAUCGAGGAGAUUCUGUCUCCCCCCUUCGGAGGGAUGAUCGCGUUCGUGAAGGAGGCCGAGGCGUUGAUGGAGAAAGGGCAGCUGGACCGACUGAAGAACGACGAAGCUCGUAUCACUCAGCUGGUUCGGGGCUUUUCCAGCUCGUGGAAACAGUCGGUGGAGGCGAUGAGUCAGGACGUGAUGAGGUCCUUCACCAACUUCAAAAAUGGAACCAGCAUCAUCCAGGGCGCCCUGACCCAGCUGAUCCAGUACUACCACGGCUUCCACAAGAUCCUCAACCAGCCCACCUUCCGCAGCCUGGCCGUCCGCUCGGAGCUCAUCAACCUGCACCACCUCAUGGUGGAGGUGAAGAAGCACAAACCCAACUUCUAACCCGACACCCAGAAACACCCGGAGCCUCUCCACCUGAGGAACACCAGUCAAACUGUACAUUCAUUAAGUCGUAUAAUGGACAUGAACCGAGUCACUGAAUGUUUGUGUUUUAUUCUUCUUUAUGUCACUUAACAUGUGGGAUCAAAAGAUAAUAAUAACAGCCAACAGCCAACGCUUCUCUGUAAAACAUAUUUAUUAAAUACUAAUAGUUAUAAGUUAUGGUGUGUUUUUAGUGCAUUUAAAGCAUCAGCAGUAACUUAAGCAGCAAAGGAAUGACUACACAGAGAAGUAAAUAUGAUAAAUGAUCCGACCAUGAAUACGGAUUAAAAUCUUCAGGAUAACUUUUAAAACAAAUCAAAACACUGAUAUUGAUGUAAAAUCUAAAAAAACAAAUACGGAACAGAAAACAAACACGAGGCCAAGAUGUACGACGAGAAUUUGGACUUUAAUCCUUUAAAACGCUUUUCUUUUGUCUUUUUUUUAUCUGCAUUAAUAAAUCAAACGCUGAUGAGG